AUGGGUGUUUCAUCAUCGUUACUAAUAUCAGCCGGUGAAAAUCUAGAUGAAAAUGAAAACGAAUGGCAAAUUCUAAUGCGGAUAUCCGGAUGUCAAUGGAUCCAUGAAAUAACCAAGGUUAAAACACUACAAGAACGCGAUACUCUCUGGAAUCGAAUAUUUACUAGCGAACCAUUGAAAAAUGUACCAGAAGAUCACCGUUGGAAUUGGAUUGGGAUAAUGCGGCUUUGUUCCCAUUUGAGUUUAAUGCGUGAUAUCUUACUGAGAAAACCACCAAAAGUUGUUAUCACAGGUAAAUCAACUCUAUUUACAUAUUUAGCUGGAAGAAAUUUGGAAGAAUUACGUAGCAUUGACGCAUUUAAUACUCGAAUGUCGCUGCAAUGUCCUGCGUUGAUUCACUUUAAUGAUGAAUCAAUAUUGACAACUGAUAUUGUUGAUAAUCCUGGGCAAGAUGAUGCUACAGGACAAGCAAGAACUUUGUUGGAUAUGACAUUAAAUUCGGCGAGUCUAUUUAUUGUUGUAACAACAUUAACAGAUGUUAAUCAAAGUCACACGAUUCAAUUAAUCGAUAGACUUUUACGAGAAACACAAAUUAAUAUUCUCAUUUUAAUUAAUCAAAUCGAUAUUCGACUAUUUGAAGAAAGGGGUUUCGAUUGGGAAAACGAUGAAGAAACUGUUGCUCAUACAAAAAUCGAAACAAGUUCAAGUUUUAGUGCAUUCGAUACGCUCAAAAUAUUGAUUGAACGUCAAAUAAAUGAAUUAACAAGUGAUCAAGCUCAAAUCUCGAAUCGUGUUACCAUUGAACCGAUUAUUUUAAAAAAUUUGAAACCUGGAAAAGAGUCAGACUUAUUAAGAGAAUUUAGUCGAAUUGAAGAACACUUUCGUUCUCAAGUAUCGAAAUCAAAUGUUAAAACAUGGAUAAUAGAAAAUCUUACACAAUCUAGCAACUUGUUUUUUCAGUAG